AUGAUCCUCAAUCUUGAGGUCCACCAGAUGGAUGUAGAGAACGCCUUCCUCAAUGCUACUCUCUCUGUCCACAUCUACAUUGAGCAGCCGCAAGGAUUCCUCAACCUGGAGCGGCCAGACCAUGUCUGCCUGCUGUGCAAGAGUCUAUAUGGACUCCAUCAAGCGCUGCUUGAGUGGAACAGGAUGAUGGACCGCCAUCUGUGCAGCCACCACUUCCUUCCCACUCACACCAACCCCUGCAUCUAUGUGUUGCAGGAGUCAAGUGCCCUCGUCAUCAUCACUGUCUACAUCAACGACUGUGUGAUAGUCGCCCCUCUUGAGCACGUUGAGCACACCAAGACGGUGCUGCAUGACAGCUUCAGGAUGAAGGACCUGGGCCAAGCCAGGUCCAUCCUGGGCAUGGAGGUCAUGUGUGACUGUGAGGAGGGGGCCCUCUACCUGUGUCAGGCUGGCAAGAUCAUGGAGAUUCUCCACAACUUCAGCAUGGCCAACGUGAAAUCCAUCAGCACGCCCAUGGACCCUGGCCUCAUCCUCCACAAGCUCAAUGUCACAGCACCAGGGCACCUCAGAAAACCAUACCAGUCGGUAGUGGGGCGGCUGAGCUAUCUGUCUCAGGCCAUGUGUCUGGAUAUUGUGUUCACUGUCAAUGUGCUGAGCUGUCAUGUCAACAGCUACAACCAGUCCCAUUGGGGCGCCAUCAAGCACAUUCUUCAGUACCUGCGCACCACCAAGGACCUUGCAAUCAAUCUGGCGGCCUGCUACCAGUAG